UGGACCACCACUUUCAGCCUUAUUUCAGUCGAUGCAACAUGGCUGCGCCCAUGAAGAUUGUGACCGUGCUACCACAUCUGGCGAUUUUUGUUUGUAUAAUCGGAUCUUUUGGAGUCUUGGGAGAUGAUUUCUAUGAUGGACAAAGGACAUUUGAUGUUGAACACUGCUUGGAUAAUGACCAAGAAGUACCUGUGUUUACUAAGAGAGGUACUGUAGUGGUGAAGUCAGUCAAAAAUAACCGCGCCUUCCUCUCAGAGCCUGUCAGCCUGUCACUGGUCGAGGGGAAGAUGCUGAAGGCCCUGGUCAAGUCAAACGACAUCUAUCGUGUGCGUAUGCAAGUGAGGACAACCGGAAACCAAGAGGAAGAUUAUGUCUAUUCCUACACUCAGGCAUGUGGAAUUUAUGAGUCUGAGCUGACCGACCAUUUGUGGAUCCAUUUUGACCAAUCAGGGGAGAUAAUUGGGUUUUCCAUAUCCACCCAUCCAGCGCAGUGUCUCGGUGGUAGUGUGGACAAUGCCGAUUUGACUCGGUGGAACACUACCGUCGACAUAUCCCAGACUGUUUUAGGCCCAGCACCCGAUACACAGACUUACAUAGAGAAAAUGAAAAGGGAUGAAAUGGAGAAGACUAGGGGAUCCCAGAGUGACAAUCGCUCCUUCUUUGCAAAAUAUUGGAUGUACAUUGUGCCGUUCGUGCUGAUCAUGAUGUUGGCAUCUAGCGCAGAUCCACAAGCAGCUGGUGGUGGAUCAUAGACAAGCCCUCGAUUUCCUUAAACACAAGCUCUCAGAAUCAAAAGAUAUACCCUCAAAAUUCAUUGACAAGUAGACAACAACUCGGAAUCCAAAGACACAAGCCCUCAGAAUCCACAGAUAGGGAUGUGGAUCAAAGAGUCCACACAACUAACCCAGAUGUGGAUUAAGAAGACUAGUAUGUACUUACCAAGAGGAACUAGGUUCCAGGGAAGGAAGACUUUAUCUGCAGGGGAGAUUACUCUAAUGACCCAAACCAGUGGAUUAGGGGAUUUAGGGUAUCUACAUCGACAAAAUCAUUAUUAUACUGACCCAGAGAGUUAGGGACUAGGGUAACUGACCAAGAGGAACUGUGGGGAUAUACAGUAAGGAAAUGGUCAGUAGGGUCACUACAGCAAUGGAGAGGGUCAGUAGCACGAUCCCUUGGAAGAAAGGGAAGGGUCAAUUAAAGAGGUAGGGUUUGUGUUAUAAUUUGAAGGGGCAUUGUUAGUAGGGGUUUAUCAGAAUUGAAAGGGGGCUUCCAAGAUGAAGGGGUUUCUCAGAAUGGGAGGGCUCCUGGAGGUAGGGGGUUUCUUAGCAUGGGAAGGGAGUUUAUAGAGGUAGGGGUUUCUCAGCAUGGGAAGGGAGUUUAUAGAGAUAGGGGUUUCUCAGAAUGGGAAGGGAGUUUUGCAGAAUGGGUGGGGGGGUUACUAGAGGAAGACUAGGGCUUCUCAGAAUGGAAAGGGCCAUUCCAAGGAGUAUAAUGUUAUAUUGAGGCUUGGUAGUUAUAUGAGGAUUAAAUUUUAUUUCAACUCAAAUAUCUCUUUGAAGAAUGCCAGAAAAAUUGUCCUUUUGUACCAAGAGUGAACGUUGGAAAAAAUCAGAUUUCUCUGGGUAAGUUUCCUUUGCUGUAUGUCCAGGGCAAGAAAAAACGGUGAAAAGCAAUAGAAAAAAAGUAAUUCUUAUCCUUGUGGGGUUGUUUUAUCAUAAUAAAAGAUACUCAAUCUCCAUGCUGAAUUGUGUAGAGGUAAGGGAGAUUUUGUAGAAAAGGGUUGCUUUCUUGUGAAUAAUAAAGUUUGGGCAAUUGUUAGCAACUGAGGAAGAGGAAAAACAUUUGAAACUUUUGGCUGUCUUCUAAAGUGUCAAAUUCUUUUCCGCUAAAGAGUAGCUGGUCAGUUGUAGGAUGUCAGACAGUUAAUUUGAACAUUUGGGAUUCAGGAAAGCACUUGUCUGGAAACUACCCAAGACUCCUGAACAGAGAGGACAAGCAGGUUAAGACAAUACAUAUUUAUAUAUUUGUUGUUGGAAACAAGUCUUUGUCUUAAGAUGUAGUUUUUCCUUCCAUAUAUACAUACAUGUAAAUGUAAUACGGAUUAUAUAUGUGAAGAACAUGCAAACUAACCAUUUGUCAACAUUGUGUUAGUCUGACAUUAACACAGAUACUAGUUCGAUACACUGUAAAUAUCGCAUUAGAUGAGUGCAUUUGUAUAAAUUGUAUUGAACCACAUGCAGCUUGCAUGCUGUAUUGACGGGUUGAAACUAAAAGCAGCCAUUUAGCUUUCCUGUAACCUCAGCCAAGCCAACAGUUACAAGUCCUGAGUAGUCUGUAAUGAUGGUGAUGUAUGCUAAUGGAGUGACAAAUGCCUCUACUUAGUGUGGAAAUGUUUAAAACAUCAACUCCAUCCUCAGGGGCAAUUCAUUAUUUAACAAGAAAUGAUAUGUUUACCUUUUACCAGAAGACGGUGUAAACUUAUUGCGACCUUUAGUCCAAUUGUGGUAGUGCAAAUCUGGUUAUAAAUCAAUUGUCCUUGUUGGUCAAUUAAUGUUUCUUUAUUUGAAAGAUGCUACAUUUCCAACAAAGUAAUAAAGAUCUAUGAACAAAACCAGGCCGUUGUAUACAGCCAAAUGAACUGUUUGAUGAACGAGUGGUAUUCAAGUAAACCUGGUUCAAGUAAGUGGGGUUUUACUGUAUUUUUAUACAAAACCAAAUGUUGCAUCCUUUACACUAUAUUACCACCUUCAAAAAGUUUGAGCUUCUAAUUUUAUAUUUCUAAGUGGAUAAAAACUUUAAAUUUCAUUCUCAUUAAAUUCAAUUGUAUUUCACCUGUGCAUUUCGACUGAAACAUUCAGUUUAUUUUUUGGAUGUCAUUAUAUUUUGUUUUCAUUUGUUGGUGUAUCUAGAUAUAUUUCUGUACAAUGGGUGCAAUUGUAUGUAUUGUUUUAGACAAGUGUGUAUACUGUCAGGUCAGCUAUAUACAAUGUAGCAUCCUUUAAAUUUUAUUUAAAUAAUUAUAUCAACUCUGUUAUUCUUGAUCAGAAAAUAUGAAAUUCAAAAUAUUACAGAUCUGAUGAAAUUUUGUUGUUGUCUUUACUGUAAAUUAUAAGAGAUUACUGAGGAGUACUGAGGAGCCGAUGGAAUCAUAGGAAAAAAUGUUAUCUUGAAUACAGUGUCUAGAACAGAUAUCAUUUGUACUCGUUAAGCUUGAUCUAUUAAACAUCAUUAACUGUACGUUAUUACAAUUUUUUUAAACGUAGACAACAUUUCUUUCUGUGGUGUAUCAUUUUGAUCUAGAUAUAAAGAUAGAAGCCUUAAACACUGUCGGUUUAAUUAAUUAUAUCAUCCUGUCAGAAAUAGUGUCUGGUGUCUAGAGGGGAGAUAAUUCUGUCAGACAUGGUUUAGUAAGUCUGCUGGUUGGUCAAGGGGAAAUAAUCUACAGGUGAAAUUAUUCUACUUUUAAAUAUAUUAAAUAUCAUGUCACAGAAAUAAGAUGGUGGCCACAUAAAGCCCAGUGUUAAUUAAAAUUCCACUCCUGAAGUUUACUUUUUUAGAAAAAAUCACCAGUAGUUUUUAGAGAAAACUUGAUUUGGUUUGAUGCAAAAAAAUACAUUACCAUGUAGUACUGUAACUAUAAGUGUUCUGCUCAGAGGUAGUCCUAUAAUUGAUUGCAGACAAAUAAUACACCUUAGGAUUAUUUGCCUGAAAUCCUGGUCAGAAUUCUAGAACAACUACAAAUAAAAUGUUUCAUGUGUUGUUUUCAUUAUAUAUGUAUGUAUUUUCAUUGAUUUUGUCAUAUACCCAAUACCUAAAUUGUAUGUGUCCAGUAAAAAUAAGAGUAAUAAGCAGAAAUCUCCAAUGAUUUGUCAUCACCAUCAGUAUGCCAGAUUUAUGGUUGAAUAAGUUGGCCGACUUAUUGGCAUAUAUUCCAUUUGGUAGUAACUAGUGUGAAUGAAGCCCUGUUUCGGGUAUCCUGAAUCCAGUUAUUGUAUUAAAUAUUCAGUUUAUUAUCCAGAAAAUGUAUGAAAACUUCUCCGACUUAUUAAGAUUUCUAUCACAAUCCUUUGCUGAAAGGUUAUUGUUUGUAUGUUUGAGAAAAAGUUUAACAAGUGCGGGGUAAUUAUGUCAUGCAAGUAAAAGUAGGGUUUGUGAAUGUCAUGUUAGUAGUUAUUACGCAUUACAUUCAAGGACAGUUAAUUGUAAAAAUAUAAAAUGUUGCAAAAAAUGUGUUCAGUGUACAAAAUUUGCAUGCAGUGAGAAGUUGUAUGCCCGGGUAUAUAAAUUAUAACAUGGUUCAUCUGUUAGCCAACUUGUGUCAGGACGUAAUUUGCAUGCAGUGAGAAGUUGUGUACCCGGGUAUAUAAAUUAUAACAUGAUUAUAUCAAUAUCAAUAGACAAUUUAAGUUAUAUGCCCGGGUGUAUAAAUUAUAGGAUGGUUCAUCUGUUAGCCAAUUUGUAUCAGGACGUAGUCUUUUAUGUUUGUUUGUAAUUUUAAAAUUGAACAUUCUAAGAUGUGCAAGUGAAAGAAGUGCGAGAAGUUUAAAUCAUUUUUAUUGGCAGGCUUUAAUCUAAAACACAUGCUUUGAGUUGUUUUGACAUGCAGCAUGUAACCGCAUUACCUUUAUAGGUGGAUUUUCUCCUUUUUUGUUGAAAAAAAAACCCUGUACAUUCCCAGAACACCAAACGCAAAAUUAGAGACAUUUGUUUAUACACAUCAAUAUUUUCAACCAUGUUUAGCUUGAAUUUUUUGUAGAUUUCGCAUGGAUACUAUGGCCGGUCUAUGAACACUAAGCCAUGUUUGUUGUAAAGUGUAUUUAGUUAAAACCAUUAUAUAUUAUGUACCUGAAUUAUCGACUGCAAGAAAAACAAUUUUCUUCAUCAAACAUCUGAGUGAAUUGCCUACUAGAAUGAAUAUAAGUUGAUGUUUUAGAAUCAUAAAUCAGUAGAAAUAUCAAAUUAUGAACUAUAAAGUCUAGAUAAUCUUACUUUCAGAUGUAAGUGUAUGUAAACAGAAUGCAAUUUGAUUCGAGUGCAUGAAGAGUUCAGUUGUAUGAAGCUAAGGUUUCAGUAUGAAGUGUAUACAUGUGUAUAUGUAAUUUAAUUGAUAAAAUAUUUGACCGAGAUAAUCUCGGUCUAUAUCAUUUGUCCCAAUAAAGAAGAAAAUUGGUA